UGGCUUGGUGGCUCUGGAGGAGGAUUGUGCUUCUCUGCCUUCUCAAGCUCUAACAAGUUUGUUCCUAUUCUUUUCAUCUGGUGCUGGUUUAAGAAAACCAGGAGCUCAGAGCAUCAACAGAGAGAGGUGCCCAGCUGCCAGCCUUUCUGCAGGCUGUGCUGGAGUCUCCUGUCUAGGUUCUAGUUCUCCUCAGGUUCUGGCUCAAUUAGCAACAAAUCCCUGAGAAGGAUCUGAGUAUCCUCAGCAUUCUGAUAGCAGCAACCAAUGGAGCAUCUUCCCAGGUUGUGGAUUUGAGCCUGCAGCACUGUGGGGUCUGUUGUCACAGCACCACACGUCACUGGGGCUCAGCCUGCUAAACCCCAGCUUUGUUCACUCUUGGCUGCUGGCAGAGUCCUGUCUCAUGGGGGCUGACCUCUGCAACUGGCUGUGGAGCUUCUGUAAAUAAUUCCUGUCCAGGCAAGAGCCUUUUUUUUUUUUUUUUUUUUCGUUUUAUAUUUAACUGUGAUUUAGAAAUCGGCAGUGGUGGCUGUGAGCUCUCCCUUACAAAAACCUGUGUCUGCUGUGCCUUGACUGAUACCCCCCUACCUGUGUCUGCCAGGGUGACUUUGCUUCUUCAUUGUCCAAAGAGAUCUCUGUUCUUACCUCAGUCAACACUAUCAACUUGUCUAUAUUUACCCCCCAACCCUUCUCCCCUCAGGGCAUUCUCAUCACUUCUCUUCUGUACUGGAGCCACAUCCUUCAGGAAGUCCUUGUGUGUUUGGGUGAAUCAGGAUACAGCCAAGGCCUUGUUCUUUGGUGUAGGGAGUCAUUCACUGUGGCAGCUGUGUGUCCCCAGUGCUGUGCUCAGACAGAUGUGCUGCCAGCUGUGGGGUUGAAGCCUGUGCAGGCUGGGCUGUGGCUGCUCCUGGGACUGACCCUGAGCUCUUGAGGGCCUGUUUGAGUGCUGGGCUCUCACCUUCUGCAGGGAGGUAUUCCUGUUUGGGACCUCAUGCUGGAGAUGCAUUGAUGUCAUCAGCUGCCUUCCUGCAGUGGUGUGUGGCUCUCCCAAGAGUUUGAGGUGCUGCUCUUCUCCUUUUCUUUUUGAUAAACCACAGCAAUGGGGUUUAUUGAGGCUAUACCCCAUGUAAGUCUUGUGUUCUCCUGCCCUGCACAUAGCUUUUAACCUAAAAGUUUGUGAGCUGAAGCCAUUGCACAGAUUUGUUACCUUCCACUCCCAGGAGCUCAAAAGUGGAGACUUCAAGACCUUUCACUGUCCCCUACAACCACUCCAGGCUUCAAAAGCUGUUUCUUCUGUGCCAGUGUAGUUUCAUCUUGUGUUACCUGUGAAUAUGAUGAGGGAGGGAGCUGUUGGGUACUGCUGUUCAUAAUUCAGGAUAUAAAGCUGAGAGCUCCUUGCCAUUAAGUAAAAGAGCAUCUUUGGAGCUGAGUGUUGUGCUAAGUGGUGCUCUGGGAUAUCAGGACCCCUUUAGGCUGCUAUCAGUGAAUCAAGUUAAACAGAUGAAUGUGGAUACAGCUACAGGCCACCAAACUGCUCUGCAGAGCCCAUAGCUUCUCCCUGAGUAAGAGCAUGUUUCAGAUCAGGGAUCUGGAAUUCCAUGUUGGAUGACCUCAGGUUAUAUGCAAAAAGCUUGCUGUGGUCUGGUUCUCCUUCAUCUUAUUUUUUUGCUGGAAGGAGGACUAUGUCUGCAGCAUUCCUAAAGGUUUUUCUCAUCCUCACCCUGCAGUUCCUGCAGAGCUCCAGGUUCUUCGGUGGCUUCACUUGUAGAGAUGAGGACUCGUGAGUUAGAAAUGGUGAGAAAAUCCACAUUGAGCUCUGUGAGUGUCUCCUCCUUUGGUUUUCUUAAUUAUCAAUUAAGUGGGGAUAAUAUGUGUUCGUGUUGCAGGCAGUGUUGCAGAACAAUAAGCAAAAGCCUCGGUCUCUUCCAGUCUGAGCAGUCACUGGGCAGUGAUCAGGUCUGUUUUCAGUUACUUGUCCUCAAUUUCCUGCUUUCUGUAUCUGUAUCAAUCUGUGUAUGUGCAUUCAGGAACCACGGAGCAGGAGUUGAGCUGGACACCGGGAGGAGUAGAGGAGGUGCGUAAGAAAAAACCAGAUCUUAGAUCCUGGAGAUCAGAAUAACCUGGGGAGAGAAAGGUUAAGGAGUAUAAAAUGUCCAGGUUUCCUGAGGUCUGAGCAAUUGUUUAGGUUUUUCCAGGCUCUCUGAAGAAGAGAAGCCUGUGGGCUUACUUGAAACAAGGCUGGCUCGUGGUGUUUGGAGGGAAUAUCAGAAGUUGUAAGGACUGCCUGUUGGAGACACUGGGGAGAGCCUCUGAGAAGAAAGAGCUAGCAGGAAUCUUGAUUCUCCAGCACACAAAACCAAGGAGCCACCAGCUGCUUAGCCACAGGCCUUUUGGUGCUUUGGAAAGCCCUAUAUUUGAGAUUAUCUCCCUCAAAUUUUAGGUUAUUGGCUUGCAGAAGCAGAGGUAACACAGCCAGGUGAGCAUCUGGGCAGUACCCCCAAAAGUAUCUCAACCUUUAAGACUAAUGAGCAGUCACACUAUUGCUUAUUUAUUUUCAUCCCCCUUCCUCUGUUGCUCCCUCUAGUUUUUCUACUAGUCUGCACUGACUUGCUGCUAAAUUAUUUUGAUAGUAAAAUAAGCCACAUUGCAGCCUGACUGAAAUAAUUAAUUACUACUAGGCUACAACCUAGUGUGGGAUCCUCCAUAACCCCUUUGGUGGGGAGAGGUGUUUGAAGCACACGCUGAAAAUAGAGUGUGAAAAUAGAGUGGCUGAGGGUGUCAGGCACUCCCAGAGGGCUUGGCCAAGCGUAGGGAUGCUUUGGAAACACUUUGUUUCUCUUGAAGGCUGCUAAUAAAUUCAGCUGGAGGCUCUAAAUCCACGUUGAACUCUUUUGGAUAAGCUGGGGCAGAUACAAGAACUGGGGUUUGGGAAAUAUAUUUUGAAAAAUCUAACUUGGGUGGAUUUGAGAAAGAGUCUGGGAGUGAAAUGACUUUGCCCUUAUUGGUCAGUGACAUUUGAGCUGAAAGGAGAGAAAUUGGAGUGAGAAAGCUGAAUUCUAACAACCAAAUGUAUCUAUACCCCAGCCUGAGGGAACCCUCUUUACUAGGCUGGGUUUUGGUUCUAGGUUGCCAUAGCAGGUUUUUUCCCACUCUGCCCACAGACAGAAAGUUAAAAUGUGCUGGUGUCCAUCCAAAGAGGAUCUGCCUGUUUGUACUGAGGUAGUUAUGGCAAAAGAGGGAAGGAUUCCACCUUAAACUGUGGAAUAACUCAUGCCUGUUGCUGCCUGUGUGUUUAUAUGGGUUAUUUUUUAUUUUGUGUUAUUUUCCUGUGUUUUUGUUUAAAACAGCAGGGUAAUACUGAUUUGCUGCUUAGCGGUUUUGCUUCUGCCCCCAGGGCUCUGAAUCUCAGGAGGAAACUGGUUAGAAAUGUAUCCCUUUGCUGCUGAUGCUGUUAAACCAGUGUAUGAGGAGCAUUAGCAGCUUCACAAGAGACAGAGUGAGUUAGUAAGGAAUGCAAAAAUAUACCCUGCGCAGGUGCUACAGCCGCGUGAAGGAGCACGGCGUGGGCAAGAGGAAAAGCAGCUACACGUUUGAGCAGCUGGAGCAGGUGUUUGGGCAGGGAGGAUGGGACUCCCAGCCCUGCCAGCCUGUCCUCAUCAACAGCAGUGGCUUGUACCAGGAGCUGGAGUCGGAUGGCAGCACGAUGGAGGAGUUCUCUCAGGAGGACUGGGGAAACCACAGUCAGGAGCUGCACUGCUACCAGACCGGCGAGCAGGAGUUGGAUGAAAUGCCUACCACGAAAAGAACAUUAAAGAUAAAACAAGAAUCUUCAGAAGACACGCAGAAGCGUGACGUCAUGCAGAACAUUAUGCAAAUCUUGGAGUCGGUCCAGUUGAAGUGGGAGCUGUUUCAGAGCUGGACGGACUUCUCCAGGCUCCACCUUUCUAACAAACUGGCCAUUUUUGGCAUUGGGUACAACACCCGCUGGAAGGAGGACAUCCGUUACCACUACGCAGAGAUCAGCUCCCAGGUGCCCCUCGGCAAGCGGCUCCGGGAAUAUUUCAACUCGGAGAAACCCGAGGGUCGGGUGAUCAUGACCCGAGUACAGAAAAUGAACUGGAAAAACGUUUAUUACAAAUUCCUGGAGAUCACCAUCAGCGAAGCCAGGUGCUUGGAGCUGCACAUGGAGAUCGACUGGAUUCCCAUCGCUCACUCCAAGCCCACAGGCGGGAACGUGGUGCAGUAUUUAUUACCAGGAGGGAUCCCAAAAAGCCCUGGCCUGUACGCCAUUGGAUACGAGGAGUGCCACGAGAAACUCCCCUCCCCCUUGGCCGAGCACCGGGCGCCCGACCCCAGCAAUGAGACUCCAGGGGAGCUGGAGGUCCCCUCGCCACAGGCCUCCCUCCGGGUGGACAUGGAAUCCGCCCGGAUUAUCUACUGUUACCUCGGCAUCGCCGAGGUCCGGACUCUCCAGCAGUGCCUGUUUUUACACUUCCAGGCAAACACCAAAACCUUCAGCAAAGAUUGGGUCGGGAUCAACGCCUUUUUAUCUCAGAACUGCGUCGUAGAGCCCGGUGUCUCACCCAAAUCCAUCUACAUCAAAUUUGUGGAAGUGGAGAGGGAUUUUCUGUCUGCUGGCUCUUUGGUAGAGUGCCUGGAAAAAGCCAUCGGGUACCCCUUAAAAUUUAACAACUGAGUCUCGUCCUUCAUAAGGAUCAGGGCUUUCCGCCCCAUUUUCCAUCUCACUGGGAUCCUGGCCGCUCCCAGCCGGGCACACACGGGACAUUUCGGCCUGGAGCGCGUUUUGGGGUGCGGGGGCUGCGGGGCGCUGCCCCCUCCGGUCCCGGCUCCGGUCCCGGCUCCGGUCCCGGCUCCGGUCCCGGCUCCCCGGCGGGGGCGUGGCCAGGAGAGCGCCCGGCCCCGAGACGACUGUCGGUACAUUCCACAUGGGACAAGCUCGCACAGGCGGCGUUUUCACACAGACUGAGGGUUUGGGCUUUCCUUUAUUCCACGGUGUCUCAUUUGGAUGCAUCCGUCUCUAAGUGUUAUUCUGGAUCUGACUCAAUAAGCAAUAGAUAACGGCGAGGGAACCCCCAGCUCCCGGCCCGGGGACUGUUUUUCAAAGCCACCCUUAGAUAUCUUGUAUAUAAUUUAGAACUUCACUUUUUUCACCAUCGAGUGUUCUCCUCUCUCCAAACAGUGUUGCCUGCAAAGACUUUGGGUUCCGUGACGUAUUCCACAUCCUUAGUAGUGUUGCCAUAUCUGCUUUUAUUUUAUUUUAUUUUAUUUUU